AAACCAUUGAGUUUAUAUAUAUUCUCUCUCCUCUCCUUGGUCAGUCUAUCUUCGCCAUAACCCUUCCCAUCCCCAGACGCAGAGAGCGAGCUUUGCUCCCCCUAACUUAAGUUAGAGAAGAUGAAGGUUAUAGAGAAGAUCAGAGAAAACCAGAACAAGGAAGCUGUUUUCUCCUUCGAAUUCUUCCCUCCGAAGACGGAGGAUGGAGUGGAGAAUCUGUUCGAGAGAAUGGAGAGAAUGGUGGCCCACGGCCCCACCUUCUGCGACAUCACUUGGGGAGCGGGAGGAUCAACGGCUGAUCUGACGCUCGAGAUCGCCAACAGAAUGCAGAACAUGGUAUGCGUUGAGACUAUGAUGCACCUCACAUGCACCAACAUGCCUGUCGAGAAGAUCGAUCACGCUCUCUCCACCAUCAAAUCCAACGGCCUUCAGAACGUUCUCGCCCUCCGCGGCGACCCGCCCCAUGGCCAGGACAAGUUCGUCCAGAUCCAGGACGGUUUCGCCUGCGCUCUCGACCUCGUUAAGCACAUCAGGGCCACUUAUGGCGACUACUUCGGCAUCACCGUAGCUGGUUAUCCAGAGGCACAUCCCGAUGCCAUUGGGAGUGACGGCGUUGCUACACCCGAAGCAUAUGAGAAGGAUCUCGCUUAUUUGAAGAGCAAGGUUGAUGCUGGAGCAGAUUUGAUUGUGACUCAGUUAUUUUAUGACACUGAUAUUUUUCUCAAAUUCGUCAACGAUUGUCGUCAAAUUGGGAUUACUUGCCCCAUUGUUCCCGGAAUCAUGCCCAUUAACAACUACAAAGGCUUCUUGCGCAUGACUGGCUUUUGCAAAACAAAGAUACCGGCUGAGAUCACUGCUGCAUUGGAGCCUAUCAAGGACAAUGAUGAAGCUGUUAGAGCGUAUGGAAUUCACCUUGGAACUGAAGUGUGCAAGAAGAUUUUAGCCCACGGGAUAAGGACAUUGCACCUCUAUACACUCAACAUGGAGAAAUCAGCAUUGGCUAUACUAACGAAUCUUGGUUUGAUUGAAGAAAGCAAAAUACCUAGGUCUCUACCUUGGAGGCGUCCUGCAAAUGUAUUCCGAGUCAAAGAAGAUGUUCGUCCGAUAUUCUGGGCAAACCGUCCAAAAAGCUACAUAUCGAGGACGAUAGGCUGGGACCAGUAUCCACAUGGACGAUGGGGUGAUUCUCGCAAUCCUUCUUAUGGGGCACUAGCUGAUUAUCAGUUCAUGCGACCGCGUUCACGUGACAAGAAACUUACUGAAGAAUGGGCAACCCCAUUGAAAAUCGUUGAAGAUAUCCAUGAGAAAUUUAAGAAAUUAUGCCUGGGAAAAUUGAAAAGCAGCCCGUGGUCAGAACUGGAUGGACUGCAGCUCGAGACGAAAAUCAUCAACGAACAACUAGGGAAAAUUAAUACCAAGGGUUUCCUCACCAUAAAUAGCCAACCAGCUGUAAACGGGGAAAAAUCUGAUUCGCCAUCUGUUGGAUGGGGUGGGCCAGGUGGAUAUGUUUAUCAAAAGGCAUAUCUAGAGUUUUUCUGCUCCAAGGAGAAGUUGGAGGCGCUGGUGGAGAAAUGCAAAGGUUUCCCAUCCGUGACCUAUGUGGCCGUGGACAGAGAAGGGGCUUGGAGAUCAAAUAUUGAACAAACGGCUGUGAAUGCGGUGACAUGGGGAGUCUUCCCGGCAAAGGAGAUAAUUCAGCCGACCGUUGUGGAUCCUUCAAGCUUUGUGGUUUGGAAGGAUGAGGCUUUUGAAAUUUGGUCGAGGGGAUGGGCUCGAUUGUACCCGGAGGGUGACCCUUCUCGAAAACUUCUUGAAGAGGUGCAAACCAGCUAUUUCUUGGUGAGCUUGGUGGACAAUGACUACGUCCAGGGGGAUAUUUUUGCCGUUUUUGCUGAUCUCUGAGACAAUUAAUUGUCUGAUCUUUCAUGCCAUGGGACCCCAA